CACAAUCUCUCUCUCUCUCUCCCUCUCUCCCUCUCUCUCUCCCUCUCUCUCUCUCUCUCUAUCUGUAGAAAGAACAAGAUGAGGAUGGUAGACUUGGGAAGCCAAAGAGGGCCUCUCCACAUCAUAGAGACCGCAACCGCCGUGGAGUGUGGCAGGGAAGUCAGAUUCCGGCGAUCAUUUCGAUCACUUGUGGAGUGCAUGGUCCCAUGCUGCGGCUUCCAACCAUCUGAUAACGACUCACAUUCUAGUGACACUGAGUCGACUCACGGAUCAACAGUGACGGGAACCUUCUUUGGUUACAGGAAAGGCCGAGUCAGCUUUUGCCUCCAGGAUGACUCCAGAAGCUCUCCUCUUUUACUCUUGGAGUUCGCUGUUCCCACCGCCUAUCUUGCGAGAGAGAUGCAAUACGGGUUGCUUCGGAUUGCCCUGGAGUGCGACCGACGCAGAUAUUCCCGCUCAUCCUCCACCACCGCCGCCACCACCACUACCACCACCACCACCAACAACAACAACAGUAAAAACUCGUACAGUUACUCUUCAUGUUGUUCUCUCUUCAACGUACCAGUCUGGUCCAUGUACUGUAAUGGUCGGAAGGUCGGGUUCGCCGUGAGGCGUCAGGUGACGGAGAGCGACGCAUCUGUCUUGAAGCUGAUGCAGUCGGUGUCGGUGGGUGCCGGAGUAUUACCCAUGGAGUCAAAGUCCGAGGAGGGGGAUCUCUUGUACCUCAGGGCGAGUUUCGAACGAGUUAUUGGGUCUCCUGACUCAGAGUCCUUCCACAUGAUUAACCCAAUCGGGAGCUCUGGCCAGGAGCUCAGCAUAUUCAUGCUAAGAUCAUGAGUAUAUCCCUCCUCCCAGUUUCAGUUUCAGUUUCAGCUUCAAUCAAUUGAAGCUGUAGUUGAUUACUAGUUUGCUUUAGUGGAUGGAUUGGCAAUGAAAUAUAAAAGUGAAGAAAACCCAGGAGGACAUGAUCAAAAGUCAACAACUUUACCUCCUGGCUCGAUAACCAGAUGAGGACGCAUUUGUAUGUAGUGUAAUUGAAGCAUGGGAAUUCCCAAAUCCUUUGAUGGUUAAUCACUUAAAUCUCUACUAGCCUAAUCUCCACCUUUACGUAAAAUUGUUACUUUACUGUACUACUCUUUUGUGUAAAUAUGACUAUAUUUCUUA